CUAAAGAUGUCCUCUCAGAUCCUAUCACACACCAUGUACCGACGUGACUCUGAAGACAAAUCUUUAGAGAUAGAACAGGAUGCAAGCCGAUCUAACAGCCCAAAAAACAUGAAAUAUUACAAAAUGGACGACGAAAAAACAGUCCUGAAUCAAAGCAAGAAGUCCUUCUGCAUCGACGCUUUGUUAUCAAAACAUAUAGAGCCCGAAAACAACCAGACGCUACAAGAAAGGAUGUCGCACCAAAAAUACUUCCAACUAACAAAAAACUACAUAACAAGAUACCAAAAUGACAAUCAAAACGAACACGAGAAUUUCGAAUCGAAAAUAGAACAGAACACCAUCGAAAAAUACCACGACAAAUACGAUAAAUACCAAAAUGACAGCGACAAAUACAUGAAUGACACUGACAAAUACCAGAAUGAGAAUCAGAGUUUGAAUUUCGAUUCUCGGGAGACUGAGAGUCAGAGGUCCGGGCGGAGUGGGCAGAGCAGUCCCAGAAGUGGGAGUCCAGUGUCCGAUGAUGGGAACCGGUCUGCCAGCUACAGCCCCCCCAUAUCACCGGGAGUUGAGGGGGGGAACGAGGAGUAUGAGAGUUAUAGACCUGGAAUAAUCCCAAAACCGGGCCUCCUGCCUCAAAACCCGGCGCUAGUCGCGGCGCAGUCGGCAGCCCUAUUCUACCCGCAGCUGCCGGCGGGCGCUCCGCCCCCGGCGCCUCCGCUGUCAGCCUUCCAUCAUCCCGGGGACCGGGUCCUCCAUCAUAUGCAGCUCGAGUGGCUGGCAAGGACCGGAAUGCUGUAUCACAGGAUACCAGAGCUUGGAGGCGCGCCGCACGCGCUGCUCGGCAAGACCCGGCGCCCGCGCACCGCGUUCACGUCGCAGCAGCUGCUUGAGCUGGAGAAACAGUUCCGCAUGAACAAGUACCUCUCGCGCCCGAAGCGGUUCGAAGUCGCCACCAGUCUCAUGCUCACCGAGACUCAGGUAAAAAUCUGGUUCCAAAACCGAAGAAUGAAGUGGAAACGCUCAAAAAAGGCUCAACAAGACUCCAAAAGCAAAGAUUCGACACACCAAAGCGAGGAGAAAAAAAUACCCAAAGACCAACCCGAGCCCGAUAAAACACCCACGCAAUUGGCAACCGACUUGACAUCUGUCAAACCACCCCCUAUGUUGGACAGGGACAGAAUUAUCGCACUAGAAAGAGAAAGAGCGAUGGCCGCCGCGAACUUUAAUUCGAAUUUGGAAAACAAUCGGCGGGGAUUGGUCGUAAUGAACCAAGAUGGCGCGCGAAGCAUGGAUAUGUUUAGGCCGUAUGUAGUAUGAAAAUAAAUGUAUUUUUAUUUGUUAUUAUAUUGUGUUUAGGUUAAGUUUUUUUCUUGUAGAAUUGAUUAAAAGUAGAGCAAUUUCUCUAAAUGAAAAUUAGGGGAAUCUAUAAAAUACCUACAGCGUAAUCCAAAAACGGUCGUUUAAUUUUAAAAACAAAAUGUUUCUAUUUCGACAACAAAUGUCAGUUCUGGAGCUUUCCAUAGACAAUAUUUUAUCAACGAGCAUGUCUAGCGUGAAUUUGUUAUUUGCGUUACAGAAAAGAAAUUACAACUUUUUAAAAAUAAAAAUACACUAGUAGUCAAGAAAACGACUCAAGUUGUGUUGCUGAGAAUUCGGGAAAAUAACUCUUUUCUAUACAAAUUAUUGUUAAGUACAUAAUAAGGCCAAGUAAUUAAUGCCAUUUGCAGCAAAUCUACGAUAUAAAGUUGACCCAUGCAUUUAAGUAAGAGCCACGCUCUUGUCGGUGUAGCAUUCUCCAUGCUACUUUUUAUUUUUUUACCCGCAGUACUCUGUCUGUCGCGAAUGCGAUGGCGGCGCCCAGAGUAAUCUAUUUCAAAGCCGUACUAGGACUCCUGUCCUCCGCCUCUGAUUAGUACUGACAGUUACUGCUGUUGUGAUGUAAGUCAUAUUGUUGAAAAAGCACAAAUUAUUCGUAUUGUAGACUGAGUUGUUCCCAAACGCCCAACAACAAAAUUUGAAUCGUUUUUUUUUACCCGUCAUUAUAUUGGCAUCGUUUUGUACAGUACCUACUAAGUAAAUAAGCAACUAGUAUAAUUAGGCAUAUACUUGCAUAUGCCUAAUUAUGCAUAUGCAUACUUAAUUAAUUAUAUUUCAAAUGUAUCAGGGGGGUUAGAAAAGCCACAUCGAAGCAAUUCAUCUAAAAAAGCAAUAUUGCUAUUUGAUAUUUGUGUGCAUUGCGCAUUUAAGUACUUUUAUAUACAUGUCAAAUUGCAAUAUUGC